GUACUUUGUUGUUUUAUCUGUUUUCUUUGUUUUAAACUAAUAUGUGUAUUGCAUAAGUAACUAAAACAGUAAUAACAAGUGAUUCUGUGUUUUAUUCAAUCGUUUCAGUGGGAAUCAAAGACAAAAACAUGUUAUUUGUAUGGGUUGUUAAAGUAAACAACUGUCAGGAAAAGACUAAAAUUGUGAAAAUUCCGAAUUUUUAAUCAACCAGUGAUCACUUUAACAAGAAAUACUACAGUCUUAACAGUUUCUUUUAGUUUGGUAUAGCAAAUUACCAGAAAGAUGUGUAUUAGUUCUUAAAUUGGUGACCUACUUGUUUUUCAUAGUUUCUGGUUGUUGUCCCAAGAAGACACUUGAAGAAGUAAUAUCCACAUUUUUAGUAAAGCAGUUAUAUUUAAGAAAGAAAAAUGAGCUAUACAGAAAGUGAUAAGAGGGAGGCCAAGCAAUUUGUUGAAUUUUACAUUGAUAAUAUUGAGAAUCACAGUAACUAUUUCCAAUAUUAUUUAUCUGAAGAUGUUGUGCUCGAUUGGUUUGGAAAGACAAUCAAAAAAGAAAAGAAUGUUACUGCUUUCCUAAAGGAUCAAAUGGGUUCUGUGAAUCAUUUCCUUUCUGAUGCAGUUCCUGUUGGGAAGAUUGGUUUCAGGGAUACUCAUAUUAUUAAAGUCCCAAGGACACAAAAGAUGAUUCCUCUUGCCUUAAUGAGCCCACCAAGGCCGAUCCAGCUAAGAAGUGAAACUACAACUCCCAAGAAACGACCAUUGCCUUCAUCAAGUAACAACAACAGAAGAGAACUUCGUAGUAAAUAUCCUAAAGAACAGGGCCAAGGAGAUGGUCCCCACAAUAAUACGGAAAUCCCCAGCUCACCUAGGAAGAAAUUAAAAACCCCCUAUGAAGUUUCUUUAGAAAGUAUUGAAACUUUAGAGAAUGAGUGCGAUUCAACAGAAAGUGGUCAAAAACUUAAAUAUGUGUUAUGCCAAGGGGAUAUUGAGUUCCAUAGACCCAGCCAAAAGAAAUAUCAGAGUGAAACGAAGUGGAGACGACCGUGUAAACUCAGUGUGGCAUAUACUUCUCUGGGCAGUAAUCAGUAUACCAUAUAUUUAAUAAUAUAUGAAGGUAAUGUAAAGUGUCGUAGAAAUUUGAUGAAAGAAUUUGACGCAGUUGAUGCAGAGGAGUCGGAAAUUUAGUUGUUUUUAUGUUAAGGAGUUUCGUUGUGGGAGUAUGAAAGAAUAGUCCUAUAAUUUUAUUAAUAGUUUUUCAAUGCAGCAAUUUAAUGGAUAAUUGGCGAAUAAUGUUAGAUAAAAUCGGAUGUUUGUUUCAGUAGCUAAUAUAAGCAAUAUAACAAAGUUUUUAUGUCACUCUUCCAUUUUUAUAACAUUUGAAUUAUUAACCGACUACUCAAUAGCUUUUAAUAUACUAUAUGAUUACCUCAACACAUUAUUGUGUGUUCUUUUGGUCCCUACAUUUGGCUUAUUUAAAUAAUAGUCAUAAUUGUGAUUAAUUAACUGUUAAGCCCAUUGUUACGCUUAUUGAUUAAAUGUAACAUUGAAAUUUCAAGAAUUUAAGGUCAAUAGCUCCCAGCUUUCAAGCCCCACGUUGGGUGCCAAUAUGUAAACGCUAAUCAACGAAAUACUAACCUGCAAACUACUAUGUGUAACUUACAGCCAACGUUUUUAAUAAUUCGAUGGUUGGUAAGAGUAAUUUAAACAAGUUGCAGGUCAUAUUGGCCGACUUUAAACAACACACAACAAUUAUGCGUGUACAGGUAAUUCAGAAUUUUAAAGUUGUAAAAAUUGAAAAGUCACAUAAAUUACACAGGCCUACCUUUUUUUUAUGAAAAAGUCGUUUGAAAUUUUUGAUAGUGCCAAAAAUGCUGAGAAAAUAUUUAUUGAAACUUUAUUUAAUACAAAAUACAUUGCAACAUUGAGUUGUCAAGCUCAAGAUUCUCAUAUGUUUCUUGGAGAUGCACGGAGUGAGAAACAGGCACUGAGGCAUAAGUAUUACCAUUGUGCAACAAUACACACUUCAGACUUCUCUUAGAAGAAUCAAUAAAUAACUGCCAUGGUGUGGAAUCAUACUUGCCAGAUCCCAGUUUGCCAGAAGGUAAAUCAGGAUAUUGAAUUUUGUGUUUAUUUGUUUGAAUUGAAACCCUUAAUAUCGCCGGUAUCGCAGUCGUCUCCAUGUUUUGUUACCCUCCAUACCAUAGAAAUGCCGAAGGGUAAAGAGUUACUUGGACUUUUUGUCCAUUUUUCACUAGUUCAACACACUUUGUGUGAAUCCCUUUUGAUCACUAAGCUUAACACCGAAGUAAACGUGAUAAGCUUUCUUUAUAAAAUCCGUUAUGUUUCGUUGAUGCUUUCCUAUUGGUAAAUGACCACACACGUAACAAAAUAUAUCAGGACUGUUGUUACACUUUCUUGGUGAUAUUAUGCCAUCAAGUUGACGGCAUCGGUAGUGUUGCCAUUCAAAUGAAAUUAACAUAAUACUGUAUUAAAAUAUUUUCUAUUGAUCUAUAAAGUAUUUUAAAGAAAUACUUUUAAUACAAUUGACAAAAUAUCAAUAAGGUAUUUGUUUGCUCUAGUACAUAAUAUAUCACAAGGUUUUUUAAAUUUUGUGAACAAUUUUGACAUGAUGGGCGAAUUCGUAUUCAGAAUGAGGGUACCCGUAUCAGCUAAGGACACAUGUCAAACUCAAAACACCAAAAAUCAUGUCGGCCUGUGUUAUUAUUUGUGAAAUGUCAAUGAUACCGAUACAUUUUUUUAUGCGAUACUUAUUUAAAAUAUAUUUUAGUAAUACAUUUAAAAUUUAAUAAAAAUAAAAAUAUACAACGUGCUUGGUAUUUGAUUACCUAAUAAAUUUGACAAAUAAUUUGUUGAUAUUUUUAUUUUUUUUUUGUUAAUUUUAUAAAUAAUCCUGUAGUACACAACGUAUCAUUAAAAUUCGUUAAAUUGCUGUAUUGUUUAUAUUUUUGCGUUUAGUAGCAAUUUUGUUUUAUUAUCCAGAGUUUUCAAAGUAUACAAAAAAAUCAAAGAGAUAAUAUUAUUUUUAUAAUUAAAUUUAAAUAGGAUUAUCUAAAUGUCUCUCAUACUUCUAUUUAUUAGAUAUAUUAAAAAUAAUUGAUGCUUUAAUUAUAAUAAUUGGUGAAAUUUAGAUAUUGGUAUGUCGAACGAUAGAAUAAUACAUGUUUUUUAGGCCAAUCUAGGAAUCCAUGUGUUAAUUUGGUUUUUGCAUUUCUUUUUAAGGACUUUUUCAGUUUGAUUUGUAUAAUUACUUCUUCUUAAAUAGUCAGUUGACUUAUACCAUCCGAACUAGAGCUCUUUGCACUUUUUCUAUAUAAUGUCUUCCUAAUUUUGCAAUAUUUUUAGUUUGUGUAUACCACUGGUAGUUUUUGAUGUGAUCUAUUUUCUUACAUUUUCAGAGUUUUUGUAUUUCUUAUUUUGUAGAAAGCAGCUGUCGUUAAGUGUCAUACACCCUUUUUUUAAUCUAAAACAGCUUAGAAAUAUUUCUUUACAUACAAAGUGAUAAAUCCUCCAACGCACCGUAGGACAAUCUGAUUAUGCGAGUUAUCAGUAUUGUUGUAAGGAGCAUACAAAUUGUUGUUACAGUAAAACAAUACAAAAACCAAGUUUUUAAUGAUAAAUAUUCAUUGAUUUCUAAAACCAAAUUGGUUUUCUCAAGAUUCCAUCCGCAUCUUUGUGUGAGUCUGUUGUAAUGUAUUCAUAGGACAACUGUAAAUGAACUUAUAUUAUUUUUUAUUCCUAUUUUUAGGUUCUUUUUAAAUUUUUUAUUGGUUUUCAGAUGUCAUUAAAUUUUUCCAUAUUAUUCUUUUUUCCUUUCACAUUCCAAUAAACUUUGUCUUUACCAAAGAAAAAUAAACAAUUGCUUCCUCAUCAAAGUUUUCUUUAGUUGAUUGAACUAACAACUAAAGUUGUAUCAACGAAGACAUACGAGAGUUUUUGAACUUUGCUUUUGUGUUAAUCGUACUAUUAAACGUACUUUAGGUAUUAAGUGUUUUUUUAUAUUAAUAAAGCAAAUGUUUUUCAUUAUUUAGAGCAACUAAAAAAUUAAAGACAAAUUUAGAUCUGGCUGGCCAGAUCUAAUAGCCCAAUAUCUAAGUUUCACAAAAAUUACUGUAUAGUGUUUGUCUAACCUCUCCUCCUACCUUAUUUUUUGACCUUUGGGAAAAACUUUGAAAUUAUGGAUCUGCGUCAUCAUUAUGUAAAAUAAUUUUAUUUUCAAUUGGAUCAUAUGGCAAGUAAUAUCUUGUAAGUACCUGUCGAGUUCUUUAUACUGAUAUCUAUACAAUUAUCAAUUUCAACUUAAAUGUUGUUGCAGCCUAUUUUGUAAACAAUAAAAAUUAACUUAAUCAAUUUUGUGGAACUGAACUUAGCUUCAUGUUUGGUUUUUGAUGAAAUUCAAUGACGUAACUAUUAAAAGUUACCUAUUUUAUAGAGGGAGUCUGAAAUCUUCAAAGUAUAUCUCAGUUCAGGAUGGCGUCUGACUGAUCUUAUUGCAGGAUUCAUUCUGCAUAGUUCUGGUGAUAGUUCCUGAGGUAUUUUAAUACGCUCUCUUGUCGCCAUAUCUACGCCGAACGGCUACCUAAAACAGAUCCUCCAGCGUUCUGGAAGCGGAAUGGCUGCCAAGCAACACUUACGAAGUACUACCUUCAUUUAUUCACCAACUGUUAGCAAGGAGACUCAAUGUCCAUUUUCACCUUUUUUUGUUCUCACAUUUUACCCCUGACUCUCUUGUUCGUAUCUUAUCAUAACAUAUUCGCUAUAAAUUCAACUUACAACAUAUUUCCUUCUUACCCUUGCCGAUGGUCCUGUUCCCUUUCUUCUUCUUUUUUCUUCUUGAUCACUGCACGGAUGUAGUUGUGUACAUGUCACAAUUCACACCUGCCUCUCUUUUCAUCUUGUUCCUUUCUACUACAAGUCUGUUGCACUCCAGCAUUCAUGUGAGCGUUUCCGAACCUAGAGAGAUAGGCCCCAAAAUAUCCUUGUCUUGUGGGCACCUGCGUUAGGAAAUAAUCUAGUCGACUGUGACCACAAUCUACCCAAUCUCUUAGGUUCGGGAUCAGCAUCUUUGUCCACUUUGUCAUAUCCUCCAUAUGGUUUCAUUCUUCUUGCCAUCUUUCAAUUGAACUUUUCAUUUCUUGUUUUCUCUAGGUCAAAAGGUCUUUUUUCACACAAUCUUAUAGGGGCAUGCCACUCGCAGCAGACUUGUUCAGUCUACUUGUCAUAAGCCUCUCCAGACUUUUUUUGUAGUUUAAUUUUAAAUGAAAUCAUGAUGUCACACAUUGAACAUCCAUUCAAAAUUAUCUUACAAAAGUAACUUGCCUUAUAUAUCUACUUUUAAUAUUCUCUCUUUCUGUUUGGCAUGACCUUCUUAUUGUACCGUCUUCAUUGAAGGCUAUAUAUAUUAUUUCGUUAAAUGCUGAUGUUGCCUGUUCUAUUCGAGAUCUAACAAUUUAAUCAGGAUUUAAGUCCGAUUUUAGCUAGGAACCCAGGUAUUUAAACUUCUCGGACAUCCUCAUCGUGGACAAUAAAGGAAUAUUUAUGUCAUUAGAUUCGUCUAUAAGACGUGUGUAAUUGAAAACAUUUUUGACAUAGAUGUAUGAAUUCAUAUAAAAAAUAUUUGUCAGAUGAAAAUGCCAAUGUAUAGUC